GGCGAUUCCACGACACGGCUAGGUUUCCAAGAUGGCGGACACGAUCGUGCGGACGCGACUGGAAGACUUGCGUGGCGUUUGUCGGGAGAGCGUCUACGGAGCGAGAUAUUUCGCCUUUCUGGGCAUUCCUUUUGCCGAGCCACCGGUCGGCCUGCUCAGAUUUCAGGACCCAGUGCCGAAGAAACCAUGGACAGGAGUCCUGAACGCGGGGAGCCAUGGUGGAAAGUGCGCCCAACUCGACGUAAAAACUGAACAAUUCGAGGGAGGUGACGACUGUCUUUACUUGAACGUGUACAAGCCAUUGACGAGGAGGGUUAGAUCACUUCCUGUGAUGGUGUGGAUCCAUGGUGGGGCAUUCACCUUCGGCUGUAGUGACGAGUUCCUUUAUGGGCCUGACUUCUUCAUGGACAAGGAUGUGAUCCUGGUUACCGUCAACUACAGGCUUGGGGUGCUGGGGUUCCUGAAUCUCGAGGACGAGGUGGCCCCCGGGAACCAAGGGCUCAAGGAUCAGGUACAGGCUCUGCGAUGGGUCCAGGAAAAUGUCUCGAAUUUCGGAGGCGACCCAAAAAAUGUCACCAUAUUUGGAGAGAGCGCCGGGGGAGCUUCCGUUCAUUACUUAACCCUUUCUCCCCUUGCGGAAGGUCUGUUCCACAAGGCCAUUUGCCAGAGCGGGGUCGCCCUGAAUCCCUGGGCUUGUGGACCGAGGGAACCGAGACGAUCCGCCCAGGAAAUCGCCGCCAUUUUGGGCGAGGUCAGCACCGACCCAAGGGUUAUCGUCGAGUUCCUCAGAACCGUCGACGCCAAAACGCUCGUCGAGGCCCAGGAGAAGAUGACGACGCCAGAGAGGAGGAUGCAGACCUUCACUCCUUUCGGCCCGGGGCCGGAUCCUUGGUCGGCGAAUCCUUUUUUGAGGGUCCCCAUUUCGAUAGCUGCGCAGAACGGGAUCAAGGUCCCUCUUAUCAUUGGCUACAACGACCGCGAGGGAAUCAUAUUCUCGAGGCAUUUACAGGCCGGCAGUUUGCGGCGUCUGAACGCCGAUUUCGAGGGUACUUUAAAUCCUGCCAUCUUGGAGUCGCUCAAGGAUCAAGGAUCUACGAGCAAGGACCUUAGACGUCUCUAUUUUGGGGACCGACCCGUCACGUCGAGGGACGUAGACGAGUUCGUCGACAUGUUCAGCGACCUGAACUUCCUCGACGGCAUCUACAGGGUCGUUAACAUCCAGCGGAAGGGCCUCGCGCCCACCUACCUCUACAGGUUCUCCUUCGACAAUGGGGCGUCCUACAUGAAAUUGCUAAUAAACAGCGACAUACCCGGAGCCUGCCACGCAGACGAGUUACCCUACCUGUUCCUUGCCACUGGUCUAAACGAGAUCCUGGGUGUCGAGGCGCCUGAAUUUGGCGCCAUCGGGCACACCAUCGUCCAGAGGAUGACCAAAAUGUGGAGCGACUUUGCCAGGACGGGGAACCCGACUUGUGGGACUGCGGAUUCGCUGACCAUUCCUUGGACGCCCAUCGAGGAGAGUACAUCUGGCCUUAAAUGUUUGAACAUCGACAUCGACCUCAAAGUGGCGACCAUCCCAGAACGGGAUAGAGGUUUCGCCUGGAAGCUGAAGAAGCUCAGCAAGCUCUAACCAGGAAAUGGAGAAGAGAUUCCUACGUGCGCUAUACCACAUAUCCAGGCGAGAUUCACGUCGUCACUUAACGCGUCUUAUUUAUCCGGAAGCGGCGCGAUAAGCCGAAUCAGGGAAAAUCCUGCAGGCUUCACCGACGCCAUUUCCGCUCCUCCGGGCGAGAACCCACCGAGGUUACCUUCCGAGACGUCGCCGUAUUUCCGUAUUCCCGCAAUUCCGUACUUUCGUAUUUUCGUACUUUCAUAUCUCGUUUACACCGGUGCGCUUUCCAAAAUGGAGACAAACGGAGGGAGAGAGAGAGGGGGAGGAGGGAAGUGAGAGAGAUGGUCCCGAGCCAGCGGAAAUAUCUCCUAGAGUUUACCCUUCUAAAUGGAACCACCGAUCCUGGCCGAGAAGAAAAAAAGGAGCCGUUCUAUUCCCGCGGGAAAUAAACAAAUUAUCCACCGCGAGAAAGAUUAACGGAGGCCCCGUGGACGGAAGAGGAACGCGAGCUCUGCAGGAGGCCUCGAGGGCGCACUUCCGGCCGAGGAAUAAUAUCUAAAAAAGAAAUGCCAAACUGACUUCCACCGCUAAAAAUAAGUCGACAACGUAUCCCAGACACAUGCUCCGAAUUGUCUAUCCAGACAUUUACAUAUUUAAGCAAAAUGUCGGCCGAGAAAGAAAUUAUUCUUCCCGUCCCGACUGCGUUCCCACAUUUCUCUCUGCCCUUCCCGAAGUCUUCCCGGAUAUAAGGUCCUCUAAAAAAUCGCAAGGGUCGAAAUUAGGCGCCUUAACCUUAAAGGGGCCCUCGUGGACGCGCUUCCGGCCGAGGAAUAAUAUCUAAAAAAAGAAAAGAAAUACCAAACUGACUUCCUCCGCUAAAAAUAAGUCGACAACGUAUCCCAGACACACACUCCGAAUUGUCUAUCCAGACAUUUACAUAUUUAA